AUGAGCAUGGACGCCGCUCGCCCUCGUGGGCGGCCAGCCCACACACCGGGGACGACAGUAUUGACCUACACACCCGACGGACGACGGAUCAUCACCGGUGGCUCGAACUCGGCCAUUCGUAUCUACACUGUCGACGAAGACGGCGAGCCACAGACUGUUGAUGACGGCAUGGACGGCCAUGUCGGUGUUGCCGCGACGAACAAGUUCUUUGUUAUGGGCAGUGAGGACGGAAACGUCUGGCAAUACGACGCCGUGACUGGCAAAUCGGGACCUAUCUUGACACGAUGCGCGCUCCCGAUCAGAGAUCUGGCCCUGUCAAGAGAUGGAGAGUGGGUGGCAGUGGCAAGCGAUGACCUCACCGUAAAAAUCGUCAAGGUCGACGACAUGUCGCAGAUCAGGUACCUGCGCGAACAACAGAAAUCCGCCAAGCACGUCACCUUCGAUCCCAAUGGCCGCUUCAUCGCUAUCUCCGGUACAAACGGUCUUCUCUAUGUUUAUUCCCUGGCAGAGGAGGAGCCUGAACUGGUUCGUUCACUCGACGGGGUCAUCCGACGUCUUGAACCGGAAUCGGAGGCAACAUCGCGAGCCGUAUGGCACCCUGACGGCACUGCCUUUGCCGUUGCAGAAGCGACCCGUGACAUUGCCAUUUACUCAGUCUCUGAAUGGAAGAAGGAAAAGACCUUUGCUGGUGGACACACUGGUGAAAUCACCGCCCUCAGCUGGGCUCCCAAUGGAACGCUUCUGGCCUCGGCUGGAGCUGACAAGCAAAUUGUGCUCUGGGAAACCAAGACGCAAUCCAUCUUGCAGCGCUUCGACUUUGGAAAUGUCAUUAACAUCGCCUGGCAUCCUACCAAGAACUCGCUGUCUUUCACAACCUCAGACGGUGAACUUUUUAUCUAUGAUAACUUUGUCCCGAAGGAGCAUGAGGCUCAGCUGCAGAAGCCGCUGCAGGCUGCUCCUAUUUUCCCCGGACCCUUGACCGAGAUCUACAACAAUUCAAAACAGACUUUGGCAGAUCGAUCCAGAGAUGUAACCCAGAAGCCGGUUCGAGCAGGUACACCGGAUUCACUCGAUGAUAUUUUGGGCGAUGAUGAGGAAAUGGCAGACUUUGUUGAUGACGACGAUGGAGCUGGCUAUGCUGAGGAACUGAAUCUCUAUGGCAAGCGGCCGAAUGGUCACCUUGAUGAUAUUGGUGGUCGUGACAGCAAGCGUGUUAACUCUGGCAUGGUUCAGCCCAGAACCCAUGCGCCUCUUCAGCCUGGUAGUACGCCGUGGGCUGGUAACAGGCGAUAUCUGUGCUUGAACUUGACCGGGGCUGUGUGGACUGUGGAUCAGGAAACACAUCACACUGUUACCGUAGAGUUCUAUGACCGCGAGCUUCAUCGUGACUUCCAUUUUACGGACCCCUACCAAUACGACAAAGCGUGUCUCAAUGAAAAUGGCUCUCUCUUCUCUAAUAAUCCCUCGGAUGGAAGUCCGUCCACAAUCUUCUACCGACCUCAUGAGACUUGGACAACUCGAGCAGACUGGCGGACUCAGCUACCCGAAGGAGAGAUGGUUCGAGCUCUGGCACUCAGCGAGUCCUACAUUGUUGCCGUCACAACCAAAGACUACGUACGAGUGUACACCCUCUUUGGUACACCCUUUAGAGUGUAUCGACAGAAGAGUCAGGCCGUGACCUGUACCGCCUGGCGAGACUAUAUCAUGACCAUUGGCAACGGGCCUGUAUCAGCCGAUGGCCGCUACGCAACGCUGCACUACACGGUUGAGAACGUCAAGCGCGACGAGAUCUGUCAGAAUGAAGAUGUGGUUGCUCUUCCAACAGGGGCUCAACUGCAGAGCGUGUUCUUUUCUGACACUGGCGAUCCUUGUGUCUACGACUCCACCGGCGUGCUGGUUGUCCUGCAACACUGGCGCACACCCGGCCAAGCCCGAUGGGUCCCUCUCCUCGACACAAAACAACUCUCCCGUCUUGCCGGCGGGCGCAAGGAAGAAUCCUACUGGCCCGUCGCCGUUGCGCAAGGCAAAUUCCACUGCAUCAUUCUCAAGGGUGGCGACAAGAAUCCAUACUUCCCCAGACCCUUGCUCAGCGAGUUUGACUUCCAGGUCCCCGUCUCCAGCAACCCGCCCAAGGGCCCCGAAGAAGAGGGUGCAGGCAAUGAGGGCAGUCGCUUCGAAGAGGACUUCGUCCGCGGUAACUUGCUUCUUUCGCUCUUCCGCGACUUGUUGGCUUCUACCAAUGCCACGUCUGGCCAGCGCGCCGAGCUGGCGCGGAAAGAGCUCGAACUGGACAAGACGCUUCUGCAGAUGCUGGCCAUCGAAUGCAGAGAGGGUGAAGAGCGCGGUAUGAAGGCUCUGGAACUUGUAAAUCUAAUGACGGACCGUAAUGGCAAGAUGGUUGAAGCGGCUGCGAAGGUUGCUGAGCGCUAUGGACGGGGUGUUUUGGAGGAUAAGAUCCGGGAUCUGGCUGAGCGACGAGUGAUGGGCAUGGGCGAUGAUGAUGAAUUGGCGUAA